AGACAGAAGGGAAGGAUCUGAUGCCAUUCUGUCGAGGCGAAAGAACUAGGAAAGAGGGCUGGUUGAGUGCCCGGAUUUUAUGCCAUCAACAGCUUCUGAGUAGAAGCAAGAGGAGGAAAAGGGAGAGUGGAUGCAUGUAAUGGAAUACUCUACCAAAAGGAAAGGUAUUAACCUCACAAGUUAAUCAGUCAAUUUGGACAUCUUCUGCCCUUUGAGAGAGUGCUAAGGGAGCUCUUCUAGCAAACAAAGUACUUCAGAACAUUGCAUAACUCCUGAACAAUUGGCUGAGGUAAUGCUGAAAAGCUCUUUGCUGUGAGGUCUGCAACAAAAAUAUUAAAACCUAAUUUACAUUCAAUUCAGUUGAAAUUUGUUGAACAGCUAUGGAAGUAGAAAAUGAGCAGACAGAUAACAUCAACACAACAGAUAAUCUGAGUGAUACUCCAUUUUCUGGUGAUGAUGAAAAUGGUGGAACUGAGGAAACAAAAACUGAAAUCAAUGGUAACUGGAUCCCGGCAACAUCUAUUAAUGAAGCUAAAAUCAAUGCCAGAGCAAAGAGGAGGCUGAGAAAAAAUUCUUCUAGAGACUCUGGAAGAGGAGACUCAGUGAGUGACAAUGGAGAAGCAGUGAAAAGUGGAGUUACUGUACCAACAAGUCCAAAGGGAAAGAAUCUGGAUAGGCGAUCUCGUUCGGGAAAGGGAAGAGGCCUACCAAAGAAAGGUGGUGCAGGAGGCAAAGGUGUUUGGGGAACACCUGGGCAAGUGUACGAUUUGGAGGAAGUGGAUAUUAAAGAUCCCAACUAUGAUGAUGAUCAGGAUAACUGUGUCUAUGAAACCGUAGUUCUGCCUUUGGAUGAAAGAGCAUUUGAGAAGACGUUAACUCCAAUAAUCCAGGAAUAUUUUGAACAUGGGGAUACUAAUGAAGUUGCGGAGAUGCUGAAAGACCUCAGUCUUGGUGAAAUGAAAUACAGUGUACCUGUGUUGGCUGUAUCAUUGGCAUUAGAGGGGAAGGCUAGUCACAGAGAGAUGACCUCUAAACUCCUUGCUGACCUGUGUGGGACAGUAGUUGGAAGACAUGAUGUGGAGAAGUCCUUUGACAGACUUCUCAGAGACUUACCAGAACUGGUACUGGACACUCCCAGAGCACCACAGUUGGUGGGUCAGUUUAUUGCAAGAGCAGUUGGAGAUGAGAUUCUACGCUGUAGUUACAUAGAUGGUUACAAAGGCACUGUGGACUGUGUUCAGGCUCGGGCUGCUCUGGAUCGAGCUACUGUACUGCUGAGUAUGACCAAAGGUGGGAAACGCAUAGACAAUGUAUGGGGAUCAGGAGGUGGGCAGCAGUCUGUGAAACAUCUUGUUAAAGAGAUUGAUAUGCUGUUGAAAGAAUACCUUCUUUCAGGAGAUGUUUCUGAAGCAGAACGUUGUCUUCAAGAGUUAGAAGUACCCCAUUUUCACCAUGAACUUGUAUAUGAAGCAGUUGUGAUGGUUUUGGAAUCAACUGGAGAAACAAACUUUAAGUUGAUGCUUGAUUUGUUGAAAUCCCUUUGGAGAUCUGCCGUCAUUACUACGGACCAAAUGAAAAGAGGUUAUGAACGAGUUUACCGUGAAAUUCCAGACAUUAAUCUUGAUGUGCCGCAUUCAUACUCUGUGCUUGAGCGGUUUGUAGAGGAAUGCUUCAGUGCGGGAUUAAUUUCCAAACCAUUAAGAGACCUCUGUCCUUUCAGGGGAAGGAAGCGCUUUGUAAGCGAAGGGGAUGGUGGCCGCCUGAAAUCUGAGAGCUACUGAAUACAAGAACCAACUCUUGCAGCUGUAGAUGUUUAAAGGGAAUAUAUAUGUAUAUAUUCUAUAGUAAGAGUUGCUUAGCACAGUUCAUUUAUUUUUAAGAGAUGCACUUGUUUGGGGACACAACUUCUGAAAGUUUUAUAAACUUGUGUUCACAAGGGAAAAUGUUUCCAUUUUCUUUUUCUCUGGGCCUAUAGUUGGAUGGAACAAGUAACCCAUCUUUUUAUGGAGGUUUGCUGAAAUAAGCUAAUCUUUUACGUGCCAUAUGUUUGACCUAAUCAUUCCAUGUUUUACACUGAUGUCUGCCUGCCUGCCACGCCUUUCUUUCAAGGACAGUGUUUUUGUAGUAAAAUCACUGAUUUAUACAAAGCUGCUGGAACCCUAUUUUGGCUGCUGCUGUGAGGGGGAAAUGGUUAUUUGUUUUAACAAAUCUAAGAAAUUUAGUUUUUAUUGUAAGAUGUAUUCAUCUUUUUCCAGGGAACAUACUGAUUUGGUCUUAAAGACUAAUUCAGCAAAUGGUGGCUGGAACAUCUAUUUUUUUUCUACAAAACUGGAAAAAUGUAGAGUUUUGAUAGAAUGUAUUGCAAAAUAAAAUUUUCUGAAGCAGA